UGCCACUAGAGGUCGGUGUUGUGCUCUCUGCAAACAACUACAUCUGAUAUCAACUUUACUGGAUUCCUACGACAUUAAUAAAGUAACAAUGUAACAUUGUGGGACCUGAUCAGGACCUGAACAGAGACCUACGAUGCAGUCCCAGCGCAGGAAUUGGUGUUAUUGUACAUGAGAGAGCUAUUGGAGAAGCAGGAGGUGUGGUUUUCCUGCCUUGUAUUACCCAAGCAGCCAAUAGUGUGCCUCUGUGCCUCCUAAUGGACAGGCACAGCCCCCUGCAGGAUGCACCGCCUCCCUAUGACUCUGUUUUAUUCUGUUUUUAGAGCAGCAGCAGCGUCACAUGUUGUUUUUCUCCAGGAUCAGAUCUGCGCUGGUCCACACUGCUGCUGCACUGUUGCAUCUACCGAGGACGCACACAUUUGGUGCCAUGGAUUAGAUAUUAUAGAGGGAUAUAUUUCAAGUUUUUUCUUUUGCAAGUUUAAAACAAAAGGCUUAUUUGGAAAAAAAGAGAAGUGGAGAGAGAAAUGGCAAGUCCUCCAGCAUCGGGAGGACACCUGUUAUCCAGCUGCGUAAAGAAGUGUGGAUACCUGCGGAAGCAGAAACAUGGACACAGGCGCUUCUUCGUGCUCCGAGAGCCGACAGAGAGCUGUCCCGGAGCACGCCUGGAGUACUACGAGAGCGAGAAGAAAUGGAGGAACAAGUCUGCUGCGAAACGGGUGAUAACUUUGGACUCGUGUCUGUGCGUAAACAUGCGCGCAGACGCCAAACACAAGCACCUCAUCGCCCUCUACACCAAGGACGAGUACUUCGCAGUGGCUGCAGAUAACGAGCAGGAGCAGGAGAGCUGGUACACGGUUCUGACUGAUCUCAUAGCUGAGGGGAAAGUGUACGACAGCCCUGCAUCUACAUCCUCUCUAGUGGGCUUUGAGGAAGCCAACUAUGGACUCAUUACUCCUGCAACAGCUGUGUACAAGGAGGUGUGGCAGGUCAACUUGAAAUCCAAAGGCUUGGGUCAGAUCAAGAACCUCACUGGAGUGUACCGGCUGUGUUUGUCCAGCCGCACCAUCAGCUUCGUCAAACUGAACUCAGAAACAGCAGCUGUUUGUUUGCAGCUCAUGAACAUCAGGAGAUGUGGACACUCGGAUAGCUUCUUCUUCAUAGAGGUGGGCAGAUCAGCGGUUACUGGGCCUGGGGAGUUCUGGAUGCAGGCGGAGGACUUGGUGGUGGCGCAGAACAUCCACGAGACCAUUCUGGAGGCAAUGAAGGCGAUGAAGGAGCUGUCUGAGUUCAGGCCGCGGAGCAAGAGCCAGUCUGCCAGCACUAACCCCAUCUCUGUGCCCACAAGACGCAACCUCAACAACCUCCCUCCAAGUCAGACGGGUUUGGUGAGGAGAUCCAGGACGGAUAGCAUGGCGGCGACGUCCCCGGGGAGGAAGUUCACAUCCUGUCGGAUAAGAACGGCCAGCGAGGGAGACGGAAGCGUGACCCGGCCUGUGUCCAUGUCCAUAUCUAUGAACGGGAGUCCCACCAGCCCGAACUCUGGGAAUCACCUCAUCAGGUCCCACACCCUCAGCAGUGGGCGCACCUGCAGGAUGCUGGAGUCCAACUCCAACUCCAUCUCCAACCUGCAUCACAGCCGGUCCAUGCCGGUGUCCAACUCCCCGCCAGGCACCUCCAGCCCCAUCAGCAUGUCUCCCAGAGGGGGACAUGUCGGCGUCUCCACUCCUGACAAAACCAGGCGGCCUUUCAGCUGCAGCGCCUCCAUCUCCGGCUCCCUCAGUGACACCGGCUUCAUGCUGUGUGACGAGUACAGCUCCAGCCCAGGUGACCUUCGAUUCAUCCCCCUGACCCGCAGCGACACCCCUGACUCUCUGUCCAGCACGCCUCCAUCCCGUGACAUCAGCGACCCUUGUGGCUACAUGAUAAUGGAGGGAGGAGGCCGGUCCGGAGCUGGUGGCGACAGCCUGGCGUAUGAAAAGGCCUACAGGAAGAGGACGCACUCCCUCACCACGCCGCGCCAACAGAGGGUGGUGGCGCCGCUGUCCUCGGCCUCCCUGGACGAGUACACGCUCAUGAGGAUGGCCCACGGGCAGAAUUCUCACUCCGCCUCGCCCAAAGUGUGUUACCCCGAGGAUUACGGGGACAUUGAAAUCGGCUCAUCCAGGAGCUCCAGUAGUAACCUCGCCGAUGAGGGUUACAUGCCAAUGACGCCAGGUGUCGCAGCCCAGUCUGGCAAGGUAGACAACUACGUGCCAAUGAGCCCAAUGUGUGUCUCGGCGCCGAAGCAGAUUGUGAACCCCAGGGUGCAUCCUCAGGCGGCCAAGACCAACUCCCCCUGCAGCAGCUCUCUGGAGGACACCGGCUACAUGAGAAUGUGGUGCGGCUCCAAAUCCUCCAUGGAGAGCCCGGAUAGGAACGGCGAAUACAUGAACAUGUCGCCUGGAAACCCACCUCCACUCCAGACCCCUCCUGACUACUACUUGGGCAUGCUUGCUGGUGAACCAGUGAGGUUGGCUUACCAGGCCGGCUCCCUCACGCUCCCUGCUAAACUCCAGGCCUCCAAGAUUGAGGAAAACAGCCAGUAUGUGUUGAUGAGCCCUCAGAGUUUGAGGCAGAGAGCGGUGGAGUCUGACUAUUAUUCAGUGAUGCAGCCCAGUGGAGCUCAGACCUCACCACUGAGCCCCUCGGUACCAUCCCCAGUCAGACACGGUCGGGCGGAGACCCUACCCUACAGGGGGAGGCUCGGCAGGCCUAACAGGCUCUCCCUGGAUACCCUGAGGACCCUGCCCAGCAUGAACGAACACCCCCUCCCCGGAGAACCCCGGAGCCCUGGAGAAUACAUCAACAUUGACUUCAGCAGCGUCAGAUUCUCCCCUCCCUCCAUGGUAUCCACAGAGUCUUCAUCACUGGGCUCCAGCAGAAGCAGCCCAGGGAGGUCCUCUCUGAUGACAGACUACAUGAACCUGGAGCUGGGCUCGCACUCGCACAAGGAGGCUCACACUCCCGCCGAGCGCUUGGACACACUCCCAGAGUUAUCCAUGUGCUCAGAGGAGGAUGGAGGGUACCAUCUGGAUGGUGAGAAAGGGUCCCAGGGCCUCGGUGAUGAGGUGAAAAACGACUACACUGAGAUGACGUUUGGGAUGACCAGCUCGCCUCCGCAGCUUGUUCCUCAGAACAUCGGAAGCAGCCAGAUGAGGCUCUCUCUGGAGGACCAGGGAGUCCCAGAAGGCAUUGGGGUCUUCCUGCUUGGCGCCACCUCCUCCCCCACGGUGGACCCCGACUGCUCCGCCAAGGUGAUCCGGGCCAACCCGCAGGGACGCCGGCGCCACAGCUCCGAGACCUUCUCCUCCACCGCCACCGUGACGCCGGUCUUCCCCUCCUUCGCCCGCGGCGACGCGGUGAAGAGGCACAGCUCGGUGGAGAACAUCUCGUCCCGGAGCAGCGAGGGCUCCGACGACGAGUACGGCAGCCCCGUGACCCGGCAGGGCUCGGCCGGCUACCCCAACGGGCUGAACUACAUCGCCUUGAACCUGCUGGACAACAGGGACGUGGAGAAAUGCGAGGACCUGGCUGGCUUCAAACCCACCAGCAGCUGCAAAGGGGGUAUCAAUGGAUUACACAGCUCACCAUAUGUCUGUUUGGGAUUCAAAGAGGCUGCAACCACUGCCAAAGACUGAAGGACUCCUCUAUCCUCUGACUUGGCGUCUUCACCGACCUGCUGCUCGAUUUAAAAACAACAAAAAAACAAAAACUCUGUGGCCCUAAAAGACUGUCUGGACCCUCAGCAACACUCACAACGCACUUAGGAAACAAGCAGGUCACCAUCUAUGCAUGUCAUGAAUUCGCUGAAGGCAGGACAGGUGUGUUUGUUUGUGUGGGUGGAUGUGUGUGUGUUGUGUGUGUUGGUGCGUCUCAUGUUCCCUGCGCUUUCAGAGGCCAUUUCACCUGUGACCCACGUUUUGGCGCAAGCACAGAAGCAAAGAUAGUCAACAAAAACUGUAACGGUACCCAGAUACUAUUUAUUUACUUGAGGGUGGUUUUAAGACUGCCUGUGUGAGUGAGUGCGGUAUGACAGCGAACAAUGAAACCUACUAUAGGACCGGCCCAGGGAGCGAGGAUACCAAGGUACACUGAGUAUAUAUUUAGAGUAGAUAUGUUAUUUAUUUUUGAAAGAUGAAUGUCUGAUAAGACCUACCCGAUGCCUUAAUGUCUAUAUGUCCUUAUGUUUUCUAUGAAAUAAGAGAUAUUCUAUUACAGUACGUCUGUUUGGACCUCUAUAUUGUUAUUGUGGAAAGUCUAGCUUCCCAUUACAAAUAUGAUUUCAGAAAUGUACAGUACAGUGGGGCUGCUUGAGAUCUGAUUUAUCGUAUUGAUAUUAAAGUAUUUUCUUAAUUACUAAUUUCUUAUUUAUUCUAACCUAGUUUUAUUUUUUUGUCCGAUCUGGACUUAAAGAAAUAUAUUUCUAAAUGUCUUUAAGAGUUAUGCAUGUCUUUAUAGCUCAGCUCAAACCCCCGCAACACCAGGCGUCUGAAUUAGGGCUGUCGAAAAAACAGAUAUUCAAAUAUUCAAAUUUGAUUGUAAACAGAAUGCACCGAACAUCACUUUCGUUAAUUGCUGCCAGUUAGGACACGGUGUCGUGGACGUAAUGCACAAUAGAUAUUCGUAAUAGUUUGAAAACGAACGAUUCGAACGCCACUUUUGACAGCCCUAAUCUGAAAGCACUGUACCUCCCACCGUUCCUCAGUCACUUGAGCCUGAAAACCUCACACACUCCUACCUUCAAACCUACGGCCUCGACGCAGGCCGCCCUGCUGUGACAUCAUUUCACGGUACAACUGUAUAGUUGAGGUGACGACAGAGGGGGGUGGAGCCACUGAAAAAUGUCAAAGGUUGGGGGUUCACAGUCGAGACGGUUUCUUGGUCACCCAGUGAGCGCUGAAAGACGGCUGCUGGUGUGAGCGCAGCUGGACAAUCACUGAAAAAGUAGAAGUAUGGAGGCGAACAGCCACAUCUGGCGCCAUCAUGGACGUUCACUGGAGAACCAGCUGUCUGGAAAAUAUAUCUAUAUGGCAGACAGCACAAAAAGUUGUAUCUGGCUAAAGAGAAUUACGUACAAGUUAAAGCAAGACUAUGGAACAGGAUAAUGCUAAAUGAGCAAAACUCUUGUAAUGAAUUUAACAACUGUUUUAUUGCUUAUGAAGUUGAAAAAGUAUGUUAUUUCUUCUUUUAAAAUUGACAUAGUAAGGCUGUAGCAAGGGUGUUUCAUUGCUGAUGAAUUCAACUUUUAAAUAGUUAGAAGAAGAAUGUGUUAUUUCUUUCAAAAGUUGCAUAGUCUUGUUUUAAAAUCUGAAGAAAACUGAAGUUUUGACCGUUCAAAAAUGACCGUAACAUUAUCUAAAAGCCCUCCAUGCUAUCCUGACUGUGUGGUCUUUGCGUCGUCCACUGUGCCAACUCCCAACUGGCUCACAACCCCUUUAGUGUACAGUAGAUUGUAAAACUUUGAACCAUGUCUGAAUGUAUCGCCGAGCUGGCAGGAACGCCACAGAAACACAACGUGGGAAAUGAAUAAUAUUGGAGCUGUGUCACGCUAAAGUCGUGGUAAUCUAUUUAUCUAUAGAGUCUUGAAUGUGUAUAUUAUGUACAUAGAGAGAGUUUAACUAAAAAUAAUCUAUUAGAUUUUACCUAUGUUGCGAUGAUAUUCCUGUGUAAAGACUUUGGCUACGAUUUUUAAAAAGGGGGACGGGGUUUUUGCUUUGGGGUUGUACAGCGUAUCGUAUGCUUUCUCCCUCACAGUCUCUGUGACUAUAUGACAACAAAUACUCUGUCUAUUUUAUUAUAGAGAUCUCUUUGCCUUGUUGACACACUUUUACCUAAUGGCAUAUGCAAUAGUGACAUGAAUACAAUCUAGUUUACAACCGUGGAACCAAAUGUAACAUUGCAUCGAUGAUUUAUUUUCUUCUCGUGGCGAGCAGACGCUGUUUUGCUCCGUUGUACAUUUCUCUUUCUGCCAAGUGUUUUUUUUGUCGCCGGGGACUUUUGUUCUCGACAAAGCGCUUUACCCAUUUCUGUGUCCAUGGACGGACUCUUCUUUUACAGAUUGAUCUUUUGGAUUGACUCAGUCUGAAUGUGUCGUUGUCUUCCAUUGUACAUAAUUCAAUAUACUGUUUUAUUGUGAUGCUCACAAGAGAUGAUUAUAAUGAUUUAUAAAUUCUGGUAGUCGAGUAUUGCUUUUGUCUGUAUUGAUUAUGGAUAGCAACCUACAGAAAUAAAUGAAUUUAUUUAAAGAGGUA